GCAACUAGCAACCCCACUUCCGUGCUGUUGGGUGUCGUGUGCGUGUGCGUGUGCGUGUAUGUGUGCUGAGUGCAGGCUGCAGCAAUAUCAACGGUGACUGUGACAAGCAAUAACAGCGCGCCAGCAGUGCGUUUCCCCACUUUCCGCAACGCAACCAUGGAAACCCCAAAGCUGCCUGAAAUCCACCAACAAUCGCGGGGAAGGAGCCAACACACGCAGAAGCGUCAACAACAACAGCAACAGCAGCAGCAGCAGCAAUCACAACAACAACAACAGCAACAGCAACAACAAUCAAGAAGAGUACACCCGCAUCCGCGCGCAGCCCGAAUCGCAAGCAUCAAGAAAGCACAGCUGCGCAAGCAGCAGCAACAACUUCAGCGGCAACAGGAGCAGGACAAGCAACAGUUGCAACAGCAGGCGGCCCUGGACGAGGAACAGUGGCAGCGCGAUGUGCAGGAAGCACGUCACGACCGGCGCAGGCUGCUGACACUCUUGCGCUCAUGCUUGAUCAACGGCUGCUCGGGCGUGGCCACGCAGGCCAACUACUGGGAUCGCGCAUGCCACGUGCUGCAGUUCCUCAACGCCCUCACUCCGGAGGAUAUGGAGGCCGACAGCGGGCUUGCCUACUACGCUGCGCGAGCCCAGCCCUUGGUCCCACAAGCACAUCCACUGCAGGACCACCUCAGAUCACUGCCCGCAGCAGGAACAACGGCCCAGCGACUGCAGGCAGCGACGCCCGUGACAGAACGCAGGCGUCCCCGCCUGCCGCCGGUCGACCCGUCUGCAACCUCGGGCUCCGUCACGCCCGUUCCCCCGGCACUGAAUGCCCCCGUACCGCGCGGUACGGCCCCUCCUGCCGGCAAGCACGCGCCCUCGCAGGCCGCAACGCUGCCAAAGCCAGCGUUCAACGCCAAGUCCGCAGCAACGGUAGCUGCGGCGGGCCUGUUUGACACCGUGGCGGUCGCAGCGUCACCCGCAACAACAACAGCUGCUGCCACACUGGAGCGAGCCGGCGGCGGCAGCGGCGGUGGCGGUGGUGGGUUCGCGCGGGCGCGAUCACGCCCCAUGUCUGCAUCGCGGGGCGUGGCACGCCGCAGUGGCCGGCGCCACUCGUCCUCAUCAUCAUCGGCGCCACCGCGCACGGACGCAUCCUCACGCACGGCUCUCACCCGCAUUCGCCUGGAGAAGCUGCCGCAGGCGCCCAAGACGGCCGAGGAGGUGAUGGUGUAUCUGUCCAUGGAAUCGGACGGGGACCUGUUCAAGUCGCACUUCUACCUCAACUACGCAAACGACAGCGGCGGGGAGGGUGACGCUCAGCCUUUUGACCCGUACCGCCUUGUUGUCGUUGACAAGUCCGCUCUCAACCCGGCCCGUCAUGCCAUCAUGACCCGUGAAGGAAUCAUGCUGGUUGAGCCUGGUGGCACAGAGCACCUGACACUGGACGAGUGGGCGCGGCAAAAGGCAAAUUUCCACCGCCUCCGCCGCAUGUCAUUCUUCAGACACUACCUCCAGCGUCGUGCUUUCCAAGCGUGGAAGCGGUACCAGGCGCGCUCACGGUUUGAGCGGCUUUCCCGGCAAAUCCACGCACGUGCGUUCAUCUGCAAUUCACACUACCACAAGUGUCUGCGUGCCGCGCACGAGCGGUUCCUCGACAUCAUGCACACGCGGCUGUUUAAUCUGGACAUGAACAAGAGCUACAGCGACGCAGACUGGGAAGGCAACACGAAGCAGCAGCUGCAAGACGUGUUGCCCAAGUUCGUGCUUGCCAUGCAGUCCACCACCAAAGAUGUCCUGGCAUGCUGGCGCCACAUGGUGUCACGGCGCAAGGAGCUGCUGGACCAGACAGAAGAAUUGACAGAAGCAGCCGGCAUCUCCCUGCAGAAGCAGCAGCGCAAUGCCCUGACGCAACAGCUAAAACGCGUGGAGGAGGACUUGGCGCGGCUGCCCAAAUUCGAAGCCUUGCUCAUGCGCAUGUACCAGCAGCACCUCAUCUCCCUAUUUGCGUCCAGCCUGCGCUUCGAGCUUGGCAAGGCGCUCGGGUGGACGUCCAUGUACAAAGACGAGGAAGAUGAGGCCAACAGUGGCAAAGGCAGACUCGGCACAGCCAGGCCAAGGCGGAACAAGCAGCGCGGUGUGCGUUUUGCACGAUACAUGCGAGAGGAGGCGACGCUGGAUGCAAGCGAUGACGACGACGACGACAAUGAUGAUGGUGAUGGUGGUGGUGGUGAUGGUGGUGGUGGUGAUGGUGGUGAAGGAUUAGAGAAGAAAAGGAGGGGUGCAACCAAGCCCAGCCGCAGCAACGGUGACGACGACAACGAUGAUAAUGACGACAGCGACGGUGCUAGGAAUCGGCACACAACGGAUGAUGAUGAUGGUGAUGAUGAUGAUUACGACGAUGAUGAUGGUGAUUACAGCGACGACAUUGGCAGCGAUGACAGUGAGGAUGGCCGCCACCAUGGCCGUCGGCGCGGUGCUGGGGCGACGGGGAAGCAGCGCGACCCGCUGGAGCACAUCAUUUCGCCAGUGCUGCUCGUGGACAACACCUCCCGCACACGCCUGUCUGCCGUUGGCUUGAUCCGCGUGCAGUUGCUGAUUGACGCCGAGGGCCUGGCCAACGCAGAGCCGGCGUACGAGGCCAUGGUGGAGUGUAUUGACCUGAGCACGUGCCGCGCGUUUGGCUGCGUGCUGGCCACCCUCUUUGGCGCUGUGCUGAGCAUGUCGUCAACCCCGACGGUCACGGACGUGAUCAAGGUGCUGGGCACCCUGGACCUCAGCACGCCCGCGCUCGACGGCUACGACAAGGUGGUGCGCGCCGUGGAGGAGCAGAAGCCCGGCCACAUGCGGCACGUUGGGUUUCUGAAGCGAAGUCUGGAGGAGAUGGGUGGCGAAGGUGACGUUGGUGGCGUGCAGGGGCAAACGCCGUUUGAGAGCAGCGAGAUCAAGGCGCUCCGAAAACAGCUUGCCGUGCACACGAUGCAGUUUGUGUCCAACACGCGCAUUCGCCAGCGGCUGCGGGCGCUGAUACAGGACCGCCUGCUGGCUGCGUACGCAAACAUUGUUGGGCGCAUCUCCCAGUACAACUGGCUUGGAGAGGUGUCGAGCUUCGUGUCGUCGUGGAACCAGGAGACGUUCAAGGUGUGGCAGAGCAAGCCGCGGCAGCUGUUUGACCUCCAACAACAGCUCAUGGCAUGGACGCGCGCCGUCAGCUCCGUGCCCACCCUCACCCUCAGCGAGAACCAGCUUGUGCGGCUGGAGUGCCGGCAGCUGCAGCUGCACGUGCUGCCGCGCAUCAAGGCCAUUGCGGCGGACCUGGACAACCUCCUCACCACGUGCAUCCGCCGCGACAGCAAGGCGCUCGUGGACAUGUUUGCUGCCGAGGUCACCAAGCUCAGACAGGAGGUCAACAUGACCCACCCAACUUCCCAGGAGUACGCAAAGGUCGUUGCUGCUGUCCACCGUGCGCAGCAGUUGCAGUCGACUUUCAGCUCCAAAUACGAUCUCCUCACAGAACUCAUGAAGACCAAAUCAAGAAUCUUCAAGGAGCUGAAUGUUGGUGCCGACAUGACGGGGGAAGUGAAGCAGGCACUGCUUGAUCUUGAUGCGUCGUGGUCCGAGUUCUCCUCCCUCCUCUCCGCCGCGCAGAACCUGGUGAAGGUGCUUGAGCCAACCAUGGUGGCCAAGCUCACCGACAUGAUCAAUGCGCACGAGUCCCAGGCUGCGCUGUUGCGGCAGGCGGUGUCACAAGGUUUGUACCUCCACCCGCACUCGCGUGUUGGCAAAGCCCUCUCAGGCAUCUUCUCCGCCGGCCGUGAGCUUAUGGCGCUGAAGACAGAGGUGCAGACGUUCUGCGAUGCGCUCAAGACCAUUUCAGGGAAGACGGUCGAACUCAAGGAGCUUCCACAGACGGAGGAAGUGCUUGAGCUGCGCAAGUCCAUCUGGACGCAGGCGAAGAUUGUGUCGAGCAGUCUGAAGAACUGGAUGGUUCUUCCGUACCGCGACAUUGCGCUUGAGGUGAUGUGGCGCACGGCACGCGACUGGGUUGGUACCAUCCACGCCAUCAAAGCGCGUGUGCCUGGCGACAGCGUUCUCACGCACCUUGAGAAGCGACUGCAGCGCUUUCUUGACUUGGGCGAAGUACUGCUGCCGUUUGCCAGCGACAAGGUGUCGCACAACCAUUGGCGGCUGCUGUUUGCUGCGCUCGGCGUGACAUACACGGAGGAGCAGGUGUUCACGCUGCGCAAGCUGGAGGUGCUUGGUGUUGUGAACCACCGGCGCACCAUCCAGGACCUCAAGGUCACGGCCAUUGUGGAGAGCGCGGCGGCCGCGUGGCUCAAGGCAACGAACGGCGCCCUGCACAACGAAAACACGCGCAUCCAGCUCGGCUUCCAGCAGCUGCUGUUGCCCGCACUCUCAAACACGCUCAGCCAGCACGACAACAAUGGAGACAGCGACAGCGAUACUGAUACCUCGGCAGGCGCCGGUGGCCAACACCAACAACGCAACCACGGCUCUUACAGGCAUGGUGCCCGGCACCUCAACAACAACGAUGGUCACAACAACGGUCACAACAGCAGCAGCAACAACAGCAACAUCAACAACGGCGCUCACUGGAACGCCAAGCGAGGCGUGCGUCAGCACGGGCAGAAGAAUGGUGGUGCAGGUGGUGAUGGUAACACACGCCAUCACCUGUUGCAGUGGCGAGAUGCGAACAAGAAAAACGGCAUGCACGGUGGAAUUGCGCCUGGCGCUGCAGGCAUGCACCGCGACCUUGCACCCCACCAGUGGCUCGGCUUCAAUGGAAGCGUGCUCACCGCUGUACCCGCCCGCGCCGUGCGCCGACACACGAGCGAUGACGUUGUGGUUCCGGGCGAGCUGGACGUUGACUCGGCAUGGCUUCACCCGUCCCCAGCGUCCUCGGCCGCCAUGGGUCAUCACCACAGCCACGAUGAUCGCGGCGACCACGCUGCCUGGCGGCGGGCACGCGGAGCCAUGUCGCCGACAACGCUGAAGAAGCGCGUGAUUGAGACGCUGGUGCGACGCGCCUCUGUCUCUGUUGAGCUCAUGGGAGAAAUUGCCGACCGCCACCGCACGUUUGUGCUGAGCGAGAUGCACUGCAAAACGGUGAUUGCGACGGCGAAGGCAACGCAGACGGUGGCGCGACUGCACCUGGCACGGGAGCGGUUGGGCAUCUUCGAUGAUGUCGUUGACGGCCUGCGCCACCUGGUUGGCGAGAUGAACGUCGUCGUCAGCACGGUGGACAGCCUGCUGCAGCUGCAGCGCAAGUGGCUGUACAUUGUACGCAACCUCAGCACGCAGGUUGAUCUGCAGUGCAGCUUCCCGCACGUUGACGCCGCCGUGGACUUUGAUCUCCGUGUGCGUGCGCUUCUGGAGGACCUUGACAUGCGGCCAGCCAUCCAUCGCCUCAUCCGUCCCGUGCCCGGCAUGCUGAGUGGUGUUGAGCUGCAGUCGCACAUUGAAGACCUCCUGGCCAUCGGUGCGGCGCUCUCGCAGGAGAUGGACCGCUUCGUCUUUCGUGAACUGCGCAGACGUAUGCCCGAGCUCUGGUUUCUGGAGCGGAAGCCGUACACCGUGCUGAGUCAUCACUUUGAUGUGCAGGGGGACGAUGUCAAGACGGCGAUGCUUGCAUGCAUGGGCGGGCCCUCCGAUUUCCUCUUCAUGGAUCCGUCUGAGACGCAUGAGAAGGACCUUGAUGACGUGUCGUGUUGCAUUUAUGGCGUGCAAGGUGGCGCUGGCGAUAUCCUCGUGUUUGAGCGGCCGGUCCUGGUUCGCCGCACGGAGCCAAUGGACACCUGGUUCUCACAGGUGUCUCGCUUGUCCACGUCUGGCCUUCGUCGUCAGUUCUUCCGCUCCAUGUCGCUGCUCGGGCUCUAUGCACCGCCAGAGACGUCGGCGAUGCAUGCAAUUGCGGACCCAUAUUCCAUCCACAAGCGCCCGCCCGGCUCCAUCUUCCGCAUCACAACACCGCGCGAAGCAAACCGUGGCGGCUGCCGUGUCCGCCUUUGCAUUGCGUCCGAAGUCAACACUCAAGAUCCACUCGCCUUUGUGCACGGGGACGAGCUCUGUCCGUUGCAGCUGGUGGAGCACGUUGUGAGCAGCGUGUGCUUUGAUGUGGAUGGCACGCCGCAGCCUGGCGCAAGCUUGAUGCGCUGGCUGCGCGUCACGUGCCAGCAGAUUGUAUGGCUGACGAUUGAAGCAAUGAUGUGCGAGGUUGUGGAGCGGCUGGUUGGACUGGAGGCACAGGAAGAGGCCAUUGACAAGGCAACCGUCAUCUCGGGCAUGCUGCGGGAGUUUGCCAUGGCGCAGUUGAACGAGGCGUGGGCGGAGCACCUUGGCGGAUCGCCGCCCCUGCCGCGCUGGUCUUCCUAUGCAGACAUCACCACGGGCCUCAACGGCACCGACCCGUCCUCGCCCUCAUUCGAGUCCAACACGGCCAACUUUCCGCCCGCGGUUGCCAACGCCAUCCUCAUCUUCUGCCAACUGCAGGACUGGACGCAGUUUAUGGCGGAGCUGCUGCUGCACCCGCUGUACCACAUGGCGUGGAAGCAAAUGCCAAAGCUCGCUCCCAUGCUGCAGCUGGACGCAGAGAGCAAAGACCGCGGCGCGCAGCCGACAAAGACAAUGGCCGGUGCUGGCACCGGUGCACACGGCGCACGCGAUGCUGCCCGCGACGACCCGACUGCCGCUAAUCUCGCAUCGAAUUUCGAUAACUAUUCGUGGUGCGUGGCUGUGAGCGGAGACGCCAUGCCGUACGGGUUCUGCUUCAAAGAGAACUUCAAGCGCGACCUGCGCAUUCUCCCGCGCGUUCCGCACAGCCUCGUGUCAACCUGUGUCGGGGGUAGCCUGCCCCAGCUUGCCACGGACCAGGUGGAUGUGCUGCAAAUGCUGGCAUGGUGUCUUGGUCGGCGGCUGCGCUACAUCGACUGCGCACGGUGCACGAAAUCAUCCCUGACCGGCAAGCUGAUCAGCGCCACGCGGUGUGGCGACCUGCUGCUGCUCACACACAUUGACAAGUGCACCAAGGACACGGCAGGGCAGCUGCUGCACAUCCUCAGCACACACCGCAUCCUCAAGGACGAGGCGAACCAGGCGUGGUCGCGCAGCUCACUGCACCAGCUCGCAGACGUCACCUCCCGCGUCAGCGUAGGCACCGCCUCUGUCAGCUCCAAGUCGCAGAGCACAUCGUCGCGAACGACCAACACAAACCGCAGCGGCGGCUCCGUGACCGACAGCGAGCUGACGUCCCUCGCCACAGCGCUGCUGUACGUCAACGUGAAGGAGCAGGCCCAAGCGCUCGUGCCCAACACAGCAGCAGCAGCAGCAGCAGCAGCCAACAUUAACGCGGCGAGUCACUCGCCAAGCUCCAAGAAGAAGAAGAAGAAGGCUGGUGUCAAUCCCGGCAACAAGCAGACCUCACUGGGUGACAACAAGGAUGCACAAGACGACCACACGCACAGGCGGCACGGAGUCGGCAUCCGCGUGGAAGACAGCGCUGGUCAGCACGUGCGUGUGACCCAGGACGCGUUUGGGGAGCAGCCAGGUACACAAGACGUGCGCAGCGGUGCAGCUGCCACAACAACCGCGAGCAACGCAAAUGCCAGCAACACCGCCAAUGUUGCUGGAUCCAAUGUUGCUGCAGCCACAGCAGGGGCGACCCAGGCUGACGGCGGCGCACACGACGGCACGUGGCUGUUUGGCGUGUACCUGCAGCAGCUUGACUUGCCACCCGCGGUGCGGUCGCAGAAGGAGGAGCUGACGCGCCAGCUCAUGCUGUGUCUGCGCCAGCUGGCGCUGUGCCCGGCGCGGUUUUCGAGCAUCACUGCACUGCUGCACGCGCUGGCUGGCGCAGAUGCCACGGAACGGGCGGAUGGAAUGCCUCUGAAUGCUGUGGAGGGUCUUAGCACCAUGACCCAGGUGUUGCGGCGCAUCCAGGCGCGUGUACUUGGCACGCGCCCAUUUCCACGUGCGCUGUGGUUCCACGAGCACGUGCUGUCGUCCACGCUGGAGUCGCUGUGCCUUUCUAUCCUUCAGCACGCGUCCUCAGCCCCGCACACAUCCCUGCGCGCAAGCGACAAUCGCGCUGCCUCUGCUGCUGCUGCUGCUCAUACGACCGCUGCUGCUGCUGCUGCUGCCCGUGGGAGCCUGUCACCGUCGUCCACCGUGUCCAAACCAUCCAAGCGCCCUUCCGAGAUGCGCGCUGCGGCGUCGCGGCUGUCAGCAGAUGGCAUUCCUGGUGAUGGGGUUCGUGGUGCUGAGGGCCCGGCCUCCAACGUGCGCGUGUUCGUGCAGGAUCUUGACGAGGAAAGCGAGGCUGGCGAGGCAGUUGUCGAUGGCCAAGCUGGCGCUGAUGCCAGCGGGGAGCACAGAAGCGCCGUGAACGCACACGUUGGUGGCGCUUCAACUGCGCCCGACAACACGAACCGUGGUGAGGGUAGCGAUGACCAAAAACAUGACCGCAAGGACACCGUCAACGCCACCGCCUCGGAUCAAGGGGGUACGGAUGAGGAUGACGCUGAUGGUGGUGAUGGAGCUGGCGACGGCGGCGGCGACGAGGAUGGCGCUGAUGGUGGCAUGUCGCAGCUUGGUGUUGCACGCGAGCCACCGGGCCGACAAAGAAGCAUGAGCAACGCCAGCAUUGGCAGCGUGGUGAGCAAUGCAUCACAGCCCGCGCAUGACACUGGCGCUGCUGGUGCGCAAAUCUUCUCGCAACUGGAGGCCCAUCGGCAGGUUGCACUGCACUUUUCUUCCAGCCUGUGGACGUACCUGACCAGCACGGGUGCCGCCAAGCCCGCACGGCUGCAGCAUGCGCUGGCAUCUGCUGUGAGCGAGGUGCCACAGGCAUAUUUGCCCCGCCUGGAGUAUGAGCAGGCAAUCGUGGACCGGUUUCCACGCAUGAGCGCCCUGCAGGAGGACGACAGCUUGUUCACGCGCUGCUUCACCAUGCUGUGCAAGCAGCGGUGCAUGCUACCAAGCGCCAAGCUCCUGCGCGCCGCACGUGAGCUUGUGGAUCGCAUGUGCACGUGCCAGUCUGUUGUGGUGCGGGGUCCACCCUGCUCCGGCAAGACGACGCUCAUCAAAACGACAGCAGAGGCACUGCUGUGGGUGGCCUCUGCUCGCACGUCGAUGGUCUCCGAUGGAAAGCGCGCCUCGCUGCCCGAUCUGCCGACAGAGGCCCGCACGCACCUCGUGCACAUCAACGCCGACGCGCUCACCUGCUAUGAGCUGCGAGACCGAAUCCGCGAAGCCAUUCAGCCGUUUGUGGAGGAGUGGCCGCGUAUGCCCACAGCGACGGCGCAGAGCGGCGUGGAUGCGAGCGAGUCGAGCGGCAGCAUUGGCCACGGUGCUGGCGGCAGCGUCAGCAGCGGCGGCCAGACAUACGGCUCCGUCCACAUGGCGCGUGGCGCAUCCACUGCCUCGCUUGGUGGCAUUGGCGGCGGCGGCGGCGGUGGCGGUGUGUCGUCCACGAUGAGCACUGGUGCGCACCAUGGUGGAGGCGGGGGCUCCAUCUCCACCUCGGGCAACGCGCGACCUGGCCUGCUGCAGUGCCCGCCGUGGCUGGUGCUGCGCGCCACGUCCCUGGCGUGCAUCCGCAAGGCGCUGGAGCUGCUCUCUGCCGCGGAGCUGGCGUGCCUGGACCGCUUCUCAGCGCGCAGCAUGGCGGCGAUGGGCCUGGACCACAGCAGUCUUCUUCGCCUGCGCCUGCGUGGCAUGAAGGGGCGGCGACGCACCACCCGUGGCAGCAUGGCCAGCCGCAGCAGCGUUGGCAGCCAGGCGAGCUCGCUCCUUGGCGGCACGGGUGGCGGUGGCGGUUUGGACGGCAGCUUUGCACGCGGCCGCCGCGACACGCUGCGUGGAACGAGCCGUGGUGGGCACACCAUGUCGACGAUGGGCGGCGGUGGCGUGGCCUCCCGCGCCGUGGAUCUGGAGAAGGUUGUGCCGGGCCUGUCGCAGGUCAUGGCAUCGCCCAUGUUGUUCAUUGAGCUGCUGGAUGGCGUUGAGCCAGUCCCGAGUUCAUCAUCGACCGCAUCAGCGCCACAGCGGCAACCCUCCUCGUACCCGUCGCGGUCAGCAACAAUGCGCACACCGUCACGCACGGGGUCGACGUCCGUUACGCCGACGCGUCAACACAGCACAAGCAACAGCACGGUGCCCGGAGCUGGCACGAGUGCAGGACGGACUGACAACAGCAACGCCACAACCAAGCCGGGCCAGGACAGAAGCGCCGAUGCCGGUGAUGGGUCUGGCGCGGCGACGACGCCCCGCCCCUUGCAUGGCUUGGCGCAGCUGCCCAUCCCCUCUGCGUCUGUGCAAUUGGAGGCGGACUUUGUGUCCACGGCGGACCUGGUGCACCGCUUCAUCACGCAGUCGUUCACGGAGUUUCCUGCCAUGCACUACGCGGUUCGGCGCCAGCUGGAGGACAUGCUGGUGUAUGUGCUGCCGCAAGCCAGUGAGUACCUGCGCGUGAGCACGGCUGCGUCCUGGGCGGCACUCAACACGGUGCGGUUUGUUUCGCGGAGCGCAAGCCCCUUUGAAGGCUCCCAUCACCGCCACUCGCCCAUCGCGUCGCACCGUCCGGCAACGCCGCUCGCAACACCCCGCAAGGGAAACCGCGUGUGCGCGGAACGGCAGCUGGCCGUGUGCGUGCUUCGCAUGCUCACGGCGCGGCUCAAGCAGGAGCUUGGCCACCAGUCGAACCGGAAGCCAAAUCUGGACAGCACCAGGCGCCUCGUGCACGGCAGCGUGCUGCAGAGCCUGCUCUGGCCCAUGUCUGCACUGGUAGACACGACAGAGGACCUCGACGCACUGGAGCAGUGGCUGGUCAAGACGGUGGUUGUGCCGCACCUGGACUCGUGCUGCUUGCUUGCGCGCAACGUUGGCAUGGGGACCAGCGAAGCUGUGCUGCUGUCAUCUGCACGCAAAGCAGAGCCCAUCACCACAACCACGCGUGUGCUGCUGCGGUCCUGUCGCCUCGACGUUGACUCCGGCUGCCUCGUCCCCUUUGAUCGCGAGCCGUUCUCGUACACAGACGCAGCUGCAACAGCAACAGCAACGACACCGCCUGGCGCGCGCCGGGCACGAAUGGCGGGCGCCUCUGGUGCGAGCAGUAUGGACGCGCGGGCGCCAUCGCUGUCUCCGCAGUCUGGCGGUGGCAUGUCGUCGUCAUUCUCGACAAGCUCCCUCUCCCCUGCAGGCCUGCGCCCAACGACGGCCGAUGAGCGGCGGGCGGGUGCGCCUUAUCUGCCGUCGCUCAGCCACCUGUGUCUUGCUCCGCACACGUGGGGCUUGGCCGACGUCACCCUGAUGCUGCUGCAGGCCAACGAGUCUGUGCUGGUGUCUGGCGAGGCCGGCUGUGGCAAGGCGACGCUGAUUCGCGGGCUUGCACAGCGCAUGCCGCGACCGCGGCCGCUGCUCUCGUGCUUCUUCCCGCUCGACGCAGCUGUGCGCGGCGCUGUGGCGUCGCAGCUUGUGGCCAUUGGCAUGAAGGCGGCAACGAGCAAGCAGCCUGGGGCUGUGCUGCUGCGCAGUGCGUUUGUUGACCAGGCGUCGACGCUGGCCACUGCAGCGCGCCUGCGCGAUUUGGUGGAGCAUCGCAAGGUGUUUACCGGCGACUGCGACUUGGCGGUUGUGCCAGACACGGCCGUGGUUGCCACCACGCUGCCGCUCCUGACCUUGACCGCGCGUAACGAGGCCCAGUCCGGGUUGCGCGCAGACGCGCGGAGCAUGCUGCACCACAUGGUGCCGUUGCGCGUGCCGCCGAGCACAGACUGCGUGGAGCUGGUGCGGCCGGCGGUGUCCGCGUUCCUGCUUGAGUUUGCCCGGGCAAUGCGCGUUCGCGACGUGCGCGUUGCCUCGUUUGAAGACACCCUGUGCCGUGCCAUCAGCGACCUGCACUGGUCGCUAACAGAGACACUAGGCGACGCCGAGGGCGACGCUGUUGGCAGGCCCCCUUCGCAGGGCGGCGCCCGCGGCCGUGUUGGCGGCUUUGGGUUUGGUGGCCUGGACGACAGCAUGAACAUUGGUGGUGGUGGCGGGCAGCAGACGGGCGCUGGUGGCACCGGCGUUGGCGGGGGUGCCCAGCUGCUCGUGCACGUGUCCCACACGGUGCGGGUGGUUGCCAGCAUGCGUGCGCUGGUGGACACGGGUGUGCUUGACAACCUGCUGCGCACAUCGGUGCUGUCUGACCCAGCGGUGCCGACGGCGCUGUGCUUCCUCUGGUCUGUCGCAUCUGCGCGCACGUACGCCUCCUCCCUGGACGACAUCAACGACACAGUGCGGGCCGUGCUGCACACGUGUGGAUCGCACCACUUCAGCGAAUCGAUGAUCAAGCCCGACGAUGCGGUGGAGUUGUUCUCGUCGCAGCGCGCGACACACGCCGUCAUCUUGGCGCUGAGCAUGGCGCGGCGCGGUGCUGCCGACGCGGACAUUCGCCUGGACGACACGCUCGACGCCGCGCUGCAACGGGCGUUUGAGGCCACAACCACGCACGCGCGGUGCGAGCGGCACGGCCUGCUGCAGCACGUGCAUUUCCCGCACACCUCUCGCAGGCUGCUGGCUGAGCUGCUCGGUACGCUGGUCGUGCCCUUCUCACACGCGUUGGUCGUUGGCGAGAGCGGGUGGGGCCGCAACACGCUCGUGCAGAUGGCGUGCUCGAUUCUCGACCUGGCAUAUGCGGGCAUCACCGUGGACGAGCGUUGCCGGCCCGAGGACGUGUACAGCGCGUACCUGGACGCCUUCCAUCACACGCCAACCAGCUCACGCACCGUGUUUUGUGUCCGCGUGCGGCAACAGCAGGUAUCACAGCAGAUGCUGGCCGUGCUUGCCACGCUGCUGAGCUGCGGUGGCAGCCGGGAGGUAGUGAUCGGGCAGAGCCAGGCGAGCGCCGACGUGUCUUCCGCCCUGAUUGAUGAGCAAGAAGAAAGCUUGCACGGCCCACGCAAACGCAGACAGCGUCGCAAACACCAUCACCAUGACAACCACCAUCAUCAACACCAGCAACAUCAUCGCCAUCAGCACCAGCAUCAGCACCAGCACCAGCACGGCAGCCACCAUCCCAAUUCUCAUUCCCAUCAACCGCAACAGCACCCAGCGUGGUUGGGUGCGCUUGGCCGGGGCGGAGGCGCGACGGGCAGCACGAUGAUGCACGCAGCCACGUCGAUGCAUGGUGGCCGCGUGAUCCGCAUGCGCCCCAAGGCUGCCUCUCACUUUCACGUCAUAAUCACGUGUGGUGCGCGCACGUGCACGCAGCGUGGGCGCCAGCUUGACCAAGCGCUCUCCAGCGACAUGGGCAUUGGCGGGUUUUCCAUCGUGCGUUCACACCAGUGGGAGAGGCAGAUGCUGCACGACACGACGGUCUCCGUGCUGCGACUGCAGGGCCCGCGCUUCACCGAUUUCUGGGCGGCGAGCACGCGUCCGGACUUCCCUGGGCGGCGCUCGUCAAAGUCGCACGCGUUCCGCAGGCGGUGGACGCGGCAGUCGUUUGCGAGCGAUGCCGGCAGCGACGCUGGUGCGGGCACAAGCGCUGUGGAGCACAGGGAGGUGGCCGAUGUGCUUGGGGAGCUGUCGCGGUUGUGCGCGGACAUGGUGUUUGAUGGGCAGAUGGCGCGGGUGGAGCAGACGCAGGGGGUGCAGUCCGCGCUGUGGCGGUGGCAGGUGCCGAAGCAGGCGUUUGUGGACUGCCAAACGGGGCCGCUUGCCGUGUGGCACCACCUGCUGUCUGUGUUUUUCACGCUGCUGGAGCAGGUCGGCAUGCACGUUGACGGGGAGACGGCCGACGUGCGGCACCUGCUGCACACGCUGGCGCAGAAGGACAACAUCCGUAAGAGCUUCCUGAGCGAGCUGCAGGUUGUGGACGGGAAGAUGGCUGAGCUGACGCGCGAGCUCGAUCGCUACCAACGCCAGCACCUUGCUCUGCUGAAGCGAAGGGAGGCUGCCGUGGCGGAGAAGCGCGUGCGGGAGUCGCAGCUUGCCAAGGCCUCUGCGCCCUAUCUGCGGCUCAAGUCGGAAGUUGGCGCGCUGCUGGAGCACGUGCAACCGCGUGUGGACGCGGCCAUCUCGGAGCUGCAGUCGCUGCGCAAGGAGGACGUGGAGGAGCUGCGCACGUACGCGGCGCCCCCGGAGAUUAUCGAGACGAUUGUGGCGCCCGUGUGCCUGCUGUUCCGCGGCGUGUUCACAUACCGGGAUGGGCGCAUCCCCAAGGGCGAGGAGCCGCCGACGUGGCUGGAGGCCAAGGCGCUGUUGAACCAGGACAGCAUCUUUCAGCACAUGGCGGAGUACUCGCUCAAGGACAUCAAGCCGCGCAUGCUUGCCCGCCUCAAGCAGUACACGUCCAGGAAGGACUUUGUACCGGAGCGCGCGGGGCAGGCGUCACUGUGCUGCCGCUACCUGUGCACGUGGGUGCGGGCCGUUGUGGACUAUGUUGAGGUGCUGGAGCAGUGCAGGCCCAGCCUGCGCAAGCUGGAGGAGGCGCAGCAGUGGUACGACAACACGCGUGCGGCGCUCACCGCCCUGCAUGAGGAAGACAAGCGGGCGGCGGAGGAAGAGACGCGGUUGGAGGAGGCCAUCCACGACGUCAAGGAGAGGAUCAAGGUCCAGGCCAGCGAACAGGCUGUGCUUCACGCGAAACUCAGGCGCCUAGACGUCAUUGCGCAAUCUACAACCCAUCUUCAGCACCUGUGCAACGCCCGCAAACUGGACCUUGAGGCACAGAAACAGCAGCUGGCGGCAGACAUGAUGCAAGCUGCAGGACAUGUGAUCCUGCUGCCCCGUGUUGUUGGGCCGCAGCAGCGAGCGCUGCGCAAGGCGUGGGUGUCCUGGUUCACAGAGUCGUGGCUGCCCACUGCCAAACCGUUUGUGCUGCACAAGGCACUGCUGCCGCUGUCGCCGGAACUGAAGGCGCAGAGCGGAAACGACACGUUGUGGAUGGCGUUUGACACGCUGUGGACCACGCUGUCCAUCGAGAACAUGCUGUUGCCGGCGAGUCUGGUGGACGACUACGACGUGCUGCAGCCCAUCUUGCAGGAGCGACACGUGAAGGCGGCGGUGUUGCCAAAGGAGGACUACCUGCACAUGGGCUGUGUGCCCGAUGAAUCGCAGGCAGGCAUCGCCCUGCUGUUCUCCACCGAGUUUGCAGAGGAACGCGCACUGCAGGUUGUGGUGUCAAGCAUUGAGCCGGAGCUGGAGAAUGAGUGGCAGGCGUCGCAGCAGCUCACCUUCACGUCGCGGCAGGAGGAUGAGGCGUUUGAGGAGGAUUUGCUUGCGCGCAUUGCGUCUGUGAAGGCGGAGGAGUUUGACGACGACCAGCUGCUGCGCGCGAUUACGCAGCUGAAGCACAAGCAGAAGCACGGGCGGCGGCGCCGCGUCAACAAGCUCUGGUUCAAGGUGUCACUGUUUGAGAAGCGCGAGCGCUAUCGCCCUGUUGCCGCUGUGCUUGCGCGGCUGUUUCAGCACAUUGAAGGGCUGCGCAUGCUGGCAGACCUGGGGCAGGGCGGGUGGCAGCAGGCUCUGCACUACUACGCACGCUGCCUGCUUGGGCGUGGGCAGCUGGCGCCGGCCAGCUCCAGCGGGGGCGGCGGCGCCGUGAGCAUCCUGGCCAAGACCAACGACACGGCCGUCACCAUCCUCUGCGAAAACAUGCUGUCGUACACGGUGGACAUGUUGGUGGAACAAGUUGGGGCGGAGCGGACCAAGGCCACCAUGGUCACGUUCCUGCUGCUGCUGCUGGUGGACGAAGGCAUGCUGCCGAUUGAGCUCGUCGAUGCGUUUGUGGACGUGACGGCGUCGGAUGUCGGACCCCUCGGUGAGCCCCUCUCCUCCGCUGGCGUGGGUGGCGGCGGCGGCGGCGGUGGUGGUGGUGGUGGCCCGCCACAGUGGCUGGUGGGGCGCGUGCAUUGGCCCAACGUGGUACGGGUGGGCAACGAGGAUGGCUUUGAGCACUUUGUGGACUCCCUGUUUGGGCAGGAGAAGGCGUGGCAGGCGUACUUGGAGCAGGUGCCGUCGCUGCUUGAGAUGCAGCCGCACGAGCGCGAGGCGACGCAGCACAUGCGCGAGAGCACGAGCAGCAGCACCGCCAGCAGCUACGGUGGCAUGACGGUGGGCUCGAUGGUGCUUGACCAAGGGCUUGCCUUUGGUCUCGGCUCGCAGCACGGCCGCGGCAGCGGGUUUGGGCCCAUGCCGACGCUGACGGUGAGCAGCACCCGCGCCAGCGGCACAGAGGCGAUGCGCAACCCUGGUGCAAACGGGGCCAACUCCGCCACAAAGGGCAGCAGUGGCGGCGGUGGUGCGGAGGACGACGAGGGAGAGGGCCGUGCAGACGCGGACUUGUCGGCGCGGUUGUUCCGGCGGCUGGUGGCGUGUCUGGUGCUGUGCCCAGAGAUGUACACGGAGCUGGUGUGGCAGUUUGUUGUGCUGCACCUGGGCUCCUCCGUGUCGCCAAAGACGCCACCCGGCAUUGCUGCGCUGAUCCAGGGCCAGUUUGACGGCUUCUGCCCGCCAAGCGUGUAUCGGCGCCGCGUGGUGCUGCUGCGGUACAACCCGAGCUAUGAUCUGCCGACGCGGCUGCACGACAUUGUGCAGCGCACGAAACUGAACCGGACCGCUGCCAUUGUGGCCAGUGCAGAUGUGGACGCGCUGCACGAUGCCUUUACGGGCCUGACGUCCGCGGUAUGGGUGGUUGUGAUUUGCAGCCACGUGUCGUUUUUGCGCGCCUUGCACCUGUUUCUGAUGGAGCAGGCGCAGGCGCGCUUGUCUGAUGAGCACGCGCUGCCCAACGUGAUUGUGCUGUGUCCGCACCAGCCACCGCGAAAAGUGUUGUCGCCAGCAACGGCGGCCGCUGUCGGGAGUGGCGGGACGGGCGUGCCAUCAGCGCAGGGCACUGGGUAUGCCACUCGCGGUGCUGCGGCUGGUAGAGGAGGUGGCGGUACGGGCGGGGGACGACACCACCUGUGGUCGCGGGAGAACCAGCUGCCCGUGGUGAUUGAGGAGCCGCCCGGAUCCACAGCCCUGAGCGAUGAUGACAGCAUUGUUGUUUCUGCAGUUGAGAGUGAGGACGACGGCGAUGAUGCUGGUGGUGAUGAUGACGAUGAACACGGUCGUGGUCGUAAUCCUGGUCGUGGUCGUGGUGGUGGUGGUUCUGAUGGCGUGCGAGGGAAAACAGAGGAAGACAAAGAGCAGGAGGAAGACGACGAGGAUGCACAGAGCGAGUGGCUGCGACACGCGGUUGAGGAGCGGAGGGCUGCGUUUGCGGGUCAGGGGCCGGAACACACGGCCUCUGCUGGGGAGGAGUUGUGGUCCUCUGUGGGCAGCCGCCCGUGCACCGUGGACACGAGCGCAUCGCCGACCACGUCGUUUUGGGGUGGUGGUGAGGGUGCGGGCUCGCUCACAGGAACGCAGCCAGCUGCUGCCGUGCAGUGGAACCCACCCUUGCCUGGUGAUGGUGAUGGUGAUGGUGAUGGUGAUGGUGGCGAUGGCUGCAGUGAUGGCUGCAGAGCUGGUGGCCAUGAUGGCAAACACCGUGCAGGAGGUGCUCGUGGAAGCGAGGACGAGGGUGAUGUGUUUGAACCAGCUGAGGGCGGUGGUGACGAUGGUGGGAGUGAAGACUGGGUGAACGACACUCCACUGGUUGGACGCAUGCCUGGCGGGGAGCAAGCCCGUGGCGUGGGCAUGGAUGUGGAUACGACGAGUGACGAGCAGAUGUUUGGGCUCAAGCGAGAGGAAGACGAAGGGGCAGAGGAUCUCCCAGCCAUUGCCACACGUCACAUGGAGCACUACCGCGUGGAUUACGCGCAGGAGUUUAGUGAUGCACCCAUUUCCCCUCGGGAUGUCGCGUGCCUGCUUCGCUUCCACAGAACAGUGAUUGAGUGAGAAGGGGGAUGUGUGCGUGUGUGUGUGUGUGUGCGUGUGUGUGUGCAUGUGUGCGUGUGUGUGUGUGUCUGUGUGUCUGUGUGUCUGUGUGUCUGUGUGUUUGUGUUUGUGUUUCUCACAUCAUCAAAAUGUUUUCGCGGCAUCAUCAACUGUUUUCGACACCAUAAAAAUUGUGCACUGUAAACGCCCGC